GCACACACACACACAGAGAGAGAGAGAGAGAGAGAGAGAGAGAUACACACGUACACGCGCACGAUUUCUUUAUUGCGCGCACAUCAUCUGUCCGCGCACCAAACGCAAACUAACAGCAGCCGGUGCUUUGCCUCCACGUAGUUAACAACUGCGUGAUUUUCCGGAAGAUUUUGUUUGUUUGUUUGUCUGUUACAGGCUUUCCAUCCAUCGACACACACGUAUUCGUGCUGGAAUCCUUGGUACAAAGGUCGUUUUGGUUUUAAUGCGCGCAGUUAAGCAUAGAAAACGACUUCACAUUUCAUGCGCACAGCCGGCAGCGAAGAUUUUUUUGGCCAAAAUGGUAAAAGGAGAAGAUUAACAAAUAAAAAUAAUAAUUAAAAAAAAAAAAAAAAACAGAGACAGCAAAAGGCAGAAGGGCAACGAGAGGACAGCAGCGCCGGAAAACAGUAAUGGUUGUGGUUAAGUGCGUCAGAACAGCUGUAUGUGCAUGUGAAAUGAGAAGGAUGAGCUAAAACGACUUGCGUUAAAUGCAGACUGCUUGAUUUGAGUGCAAUAACAUCAUACACCAAAGCGCAUGUUCCCAUGUUCCCAUGUUCCAGUAUCACGUUCCUUAUAGCAAGUUCCUUCUCACUCCUCCAGCUAGGGAUGCUCUGAAAGAUUUCAAGAAGCAGCAGAAAUCCGUAUAUAUCUGAAUGCACGUAAAUAAGCGUGUGCGUUCUCGUGAUUAGGCAGAUUUGUGUGCAGAUGUGCACACGGUCCUUCCACAUCCAUCUCAGGAUUGUUGAUAGUCUCAGCGCUGCUGAAAUAAACUAGACGAAGCAAAGGUUCCUGUUUCCAUACGCACAAGAAGACAGUGAAACAACAGAUUCCUCUUGAGCAUCCACCCCUAUCUCUGCAUCAAGGAUGGUACAGACAGCACUCCACUUCCUGUCAGGCAUGUCUGCCAGGUGUUUCCUGUUCCUGUGUGUGCUCUGUGCUCUCUGGGUCCCUCUGUGUAACGCAGCAUGUGCAGAGGUGGACUCAGACACUGAGGCGGUAGCAGGGCAAGGCUUUAAACUGGGCUGCAUUUCCUGCAAGAUGAGAGGAGAGGUGGAGGCCAGCGCUAUCGUCGACUGGUACUUCAGGGCUAAGGGAGAGACAGAGUUUGUACAUAUCUAUAACUAUGAUGGUGAGGUUUCCAUCAUAAUUGACGAUCGCUUCGAUGACCGUGUGGACUGGAAUGGCAGUAGAAAGACCACUGACCUGCAGGAUGCCUCCAUCUACAUCCACAAUGUGACCUUUAACGAUUCGGGAGUGUACCGCUGCUUCUUCCGCCGAACCCUCUCCUAUGCCUCCUAUGAACAUGAGACUACCGCCAGCAAAGUGGUGCACCUCACUGUGGUGGCCAAAGCGACGCGUGGCACGGCCUCCAUCGUUUCGGAAGUAAUGAUGUACGUGUCAAUCAUAGGGCUGCAGCUGUGGCUGUUGGUGGAGAUGAUCUAUUGCUACAGAAAGAUUGCUGCGGCCGGUGAUGAGGCCCUCAGAGCCAGCGCAGAGGAGUAUUUAGCGAUAGCAUCGGAAAGCAAAGAUAACUGCACAGGAGUGCAGGUGGCAGAAUAACAGAGGCUUUACCUGUGUUACCCACAUGCGUCUCCGCAUUCCUGUCUUCUGCCUCCUCCUGACAUCAUCACAGAUAUCCAGUUGGAUUUUCCCCAUUUUUGUACUUCUUACCCAAUCUCCUAAUCCAAGUCCUACCAUGUUCGUGCACUGUUUUGUGGUAGAUUUGAUCCAAUUCUUCUAGUUUAGCAUGAAGGGCCUCUUGGAUGAGUUUAAAAGAGUAUUAGAUCAGUAUGCAGUUCAGGAUCAGGAAAUGAUUAUUGGCAGAACAAAACCCUCCAGUUUGCAUGAGUGUAAUAAUAGGGCAUGAUUAUAGUCUCUCAAGUAUAUUGCACCUUAUACAUAUGCUUUGAUAUACAAACAAAAUUAAAUGCAUUACCUACCUAAUGUAUAUAUUAGGGUUGCCACCCGUUGUAACACCCAGACAGUCUGGUUUUAACUGUUAUUUGUCCAUGGUUUUUUUGCAGUGCUCUCAAAACAACAAUAAAAUCCUACUGGUCAGUUUUUAUUACUUCCUGCUCCUACCUGUCCUGGGAGCUUUAGGCCAAUUUAGUCAUUUAGCAUAAUUUUCUUUGAAAAAGGGAAUUAUGCUAAAUGACAAAAUUGGCCUAAAAUUUCCAGAUUUUAAAAACAGUCAUAAAGAGAGCUACAACAAGUAAUAGCGUUUGUCUAAAAUGAAGAAGCACAAAAUUGGCCAAGGAAAAAAAAAACCUGAAAAAGAAGCCAAAUGUCACAGAUCCUUGUCAUAGCAGAAAUCUGCCUUCGCUUUAAUUUCAGAAUGUCAUUAAACUGACUUCUACAAGCUUGAUUUGAAGAACCAACCACUGCUGAUAAUGGCAAGGUCGAAUACAGAGUACAGCUGGAAGAACCAUUGGGGUGAGUCUAAAGGAAUUUUGACCUAAAAUGCAUGCUGUGGCAUCGGGGUGUCCAGUUUUUGGCAUGUUGGAAAAGGUGGCAACCCUAGUAUGUAUUCCUGCACUGGCAAUAGUGAAAAAAUAAGCAAUAGUCCAAUGUUGCACUAGGGGUCAGUAAGGAGCAGUGAAUUACGCACAGUCUCGCUCAUUUUCAGGGCAAUAUUAACUGUGGUGUACUUACACCAUGCAGUGCUAUUGGUGCAUGCGCUAGCCUACAUUGAUAUGCCAGAAGAACAGUCAGCUAUACUGUGAGUUUGAGCCAUUCUGUUCCUGGCACUCAAUGCUGGAGCUACUUAAAUUAUACAUAUAAACUCUUAAAAUGUGAUGCAGCUGCUUUCAGCCAACACACAAAAUGUAGUUCCUAUGGGGCAUUGUGUGCUUACUUGUUCAAACAAGUAAGAAUUUAAUUUUUAAGUUUAGACAUUACUCAUAAUGUUCCUUAUUAAUGACUACUGAAUACAAAUUAGUGAAUGUAAUAAAUCAAUGAGAAUUUGGUAUCACCUCCUGCUAAUGCAAUGCAAUAUAAGCAAAUAGUUUUAGGGCUCAAGAUUAUGCACUUUAGUUUCUUCGGUGAAUGCAUGAUCAAUCAGCAAUUAAGUAACGCAAAUACUGUGUAUUAGACUCUUAUAACCUACUUCUGCUAUAAUACUCAACAUAUUUUUCUGAUAAAAUAUAAUGUAUCAGUGCAAAAUGAAGAAGGUAUGAACUGUGAAGGAAACACUUAUGACUGAGUAUGUUUGGGGGUCUUAUGAAAAUUAAAUUAUUG